GACACAACAGAAUGUCUAAGAGAGGACGUGGUGGUUCUGCGGGAGCAAAGUUUCGCAUUUCACUGGGUCUUCCAGUGGGUGCCGUCAUAAACUGCGCCGACAAUACAGGAGCAAAGAACCUCUAUGUGAUUGCUGUACAAGGUAUCAAAGGUCGCCUUAACAGGCUGCCAGCUGCUGGUUCUGGUGACAUGAUUGUAGCUACUGUCAAGAAAGGCAAGCCUGAACUCAGGAAAAAGCACAAGAACCAUGGCCAGACAAUGUGAAGUUGUUUCAGCCUUAUGAAGUUGAACAAAUUUUGCUACCUGAUAAUGCUAGUUGCCUUGCAGUUCAAGCUUUCUUAAAGAUGUGCAACCUUCCCUUUGAAGUGGAGAUGCGUUGGAAUGCAGAGUUUAUGUCACCUUCUGGUCGUGUGCCGUUUAUAAAAUGUGGUGCAUUUGUAGUAUCAGAAUUGGAACCUAUUGUUCAGUUUGCUGCUAAUAAAGGUGUGACACUUUGUGGUCGUUUAUCGACUGAGGAAAAGGCUGAAAUGCGAGCAUAUAUGAGUCUCAUCACCAAUGUUUUAGUAAACGCUGAGUUAUACAUAUCAUGGGUGGACACUGACACCUUCAACGCAGUAACUCGUGUUCGGAACGCAUCUGUGUACCCCUGGCCGUUGGGUUGGAUUCAGACGCGCUCUAAGCGGAACAAUGUUAUAAAACGCCUAAAAGCUCUGCAUUGGUACGACAAGACUCUGGAUCAAGUUUUAGCUGAUGUUGAACAAUGUUGCAACUCAUUAAGCCAGCGUCUGGGGGACCGCGACUAUUUCUUCGGAACGCCGACUGAACUGGACGCCCUCGUCUUCGGUCACGUGUUCACAAUUAUAACGACGCGUCUCCCUUGCCGCAAACUGGCCGACAUCGUUCGGAGGCACGAGACUCUUGUGGCACUCGCCAAGCGCAUCGACGAGCAAUACUUUAAGCGGCCAUAGCGCGAGGUUUUCAAGGACAUCUCCACAGUGUUUAGAAGUCCUUGAACCACCUUUUCCUUCACUUGACAUCUAUCUCUAUCGGAAUAAGAUCAUGAUAUUACGUACUUUUUCCUACAAGAAAUGAAAAGUUUUAUGUAACUUUAUACACCUCUUCAGCGAUAAUCCAAUAUGCACAUGAUGCUCUCCUUCAGUAUGUAGUGUAGGUCAUGAAGCAACUUUGUAUUUGCUUCAUGAGUGUAUGUAUAUAUAGAGGAUUAUGGCGUUAUGCCUAAUGAGUGGAUUGGUGGCUGAGGUCCCAUUUGUCUAAUUCGGUGUAAUACAUAUGACAUAGAUGAUUAUACCGUCACUUGUCGUAAGUCAUGAGAUCUUGCAUUUUCUAUAUAAUAUUUUAUGUCGUGUACAGUUUUCAGAGUGAGAAAAACUGUCCAUCCGUCAUUUUUUGUAACUUGUCACCAAUAAUAGUUAUUGUUAUAUAUUAUGUAUUGUUAUAAAUAUUAUAUACUAAUAGUUCCCUUCCGAUUAAGCUUAAAAUGCUUGGAUUAAGAGUGGUUCAUGACUGUAGUCGAACUCGAAGGGCGGGUUCGAACUCUUAGUUAUUGAAUUUUGCUUAAUUAAUAUUUCGACAAAUAUUACCAGCAGUAACAGUAUUCAAUGAUUUCAAUAUUUAACAUUUCCAAGAAACAUUGUAAAUUCGUUAUUAUUUGUUUAAAGAAUUCGCUCUAACCAUUUUUCCCCGUAGAACCGGUAAUGUUUACAUUUACAACACUGGUAACACUGUAGUAUGAUGGUAUGCAACAUAUCUCAAAGUAUGUUAACAAUAUUUGUUUGCGAUAAAACUGCUCAUGGAACCAUAUUUUUUUAAAUGUAGGUAAGCUAUUAGCGUAAGUUACUAAAUGUCAAUAAUUGUUAUUGUUAAUUAUGUAAUAUAUUUGAUAAAUUACAUUCAUUAUUGUCAUGUUUAGCCAGAUGACAUUUGUUAGUGUUUAAAUAAGGUUGUUAUUUUUUUAAUAGAGUGACUUAACAUUUUAAAAUGUAGUAGGUAUACACGCUUUUGUCAUUAGCGUUGUUUCACAUAGAAACUAGUUUCCUAUUUCUUUUUAUAAAAAGUAAGUUGCCUGCAUAAUCUAAGGUAGUAAGUAUAGCGAGUGAGUGUAUAUGUAUAGUAUAAAUAUGUAAUAGUUUAUAUAGAUACUGAAACUGCAGUAUAACUUUCAUGUAAUGUAUAAUAAAUAAAGAAUACUAACUCUUUAUAAUACACCCAAAAUCUUAGACGCCAAUUUGAUUAGUUGAGUACGUAGUAAUAAAGGCCUGAGCAUAUCGUGUGCGCGUUGUGAGGAAGCGUGAACGCACCAGCGAGGUUAUUCGAGACGACUUUUUACGAUCGUUAACGCUAUAGAAUAGAACAUAAGAAUUAAUGGGAAUGAGAUAUCUGAACAUUAAGUCACGUGACUACGUUGCAUUCAUUUUUAUAGCGUUAACGUUCGUCGAAUUUCUUCAUAUAGCUUGCAUCCAGACGUGCUGCGCACGUACUUGCUGUCUUCCAGCCAAAAAUAUAUAUAAUAAUAUCAAUAAAAUAAUAUAGUCCAGUAUUUGUUUUUAAGUAGCACAAAAAUCUGAGCAGCAAAUUACUGUGUGAAAGUGAAAUUGGAAUAAUCAUUUUGUAAUACAUUAUAUUUUUAUCACAAACU